GUUGCAGGAGCCGUUAAACGGGAGAAGCACCAGCAAAUGUUCCGUUCCGUGCGAAUGGUUCAAUUUUUAAAAUAUGUCGAUUAUUCCAGGAUUAUGUUUUUGGUAAAAUGCUCUAUUUUCGGAAGUUUUGAUCAUUGAGAGGGCUAGGCGGUGACGCUCGGCCCGCCCCGCCCCUUCCCUGACGUGGUGUGGAGAGCGCGGGAAGCGGGGAAAACCAUGGAGACGGGGCCGGAGGCUGAGCGCGGCCUGGGCCCGGGGCACGACACGGCGGAGGGUGAGAUCCGGGAGCAGGAGGGACACAAAGAGGCUUCGGCAUCCGCUUCCAGUGCUGCCGGGCGAACGGCGCUGGCUGCGUAUGAACUGCCCUGGGUUGAGAAAUACAGACCACUGAAACUCAAUGAAGUUGUGGGCAAUGAGGAAACCGUCAGCAGGUUGGAGGUGUUCGCAAGGGAGGGAAAUGUACCCAACAUCAUAAUUGCAGGUCCACCUGGAACUGGAAAAACCACAAGCAUCCUGUGCUUAGCACGUGCAUUGUUGGGACCUGCACUGAAAGAUGCUGUUCUUGAGCUCAAUGCCUCAAAUGACCGGGGUAUUGAUGUGGUCAGAAACAAAAUCAAAAUGUUUGCCCAGCAGAAAGUCACACUGCCAAAAAGUCGUCACAAAAUCAUUAUCCUGGAUGAAGCUGACAGUAUGACAGAUGGAGCUCAACAAGCCCUAAGGAGGACAAUGGAGAUUUACUCUAAAACAACUCGCUUUGCACUGGCAUGCAACGCUUCAGACAAAAUCAUAGAACCUAUCCAGUCUCGCUGUGCUGUCCUGCGUUACACGAAACUCACUGAUGCUCAGAUUCUGGCUCGACUGAUGCAGGUGGUUGAGAAGGAGAAUGUCCAGUAUACAGAUGAUGGACUGGAAGCCAUAAUUUUCACAGCGCAAGGAGACAUGAGACAGGCUUUGAACAACUUGCAGUCGACUCAUUCUGGAUUUGGGUUUGUUAACAGUGAAAAUGUUUUCAAGGUCUGUGAUGAACCUCAUCCACUUCUGGUAAAAGAGAUGAUUCAACACUGUGUCAAUGCAAACAUCGAUGAGGCAUACAAGGUUGUUGCUCAUCUCUGGAAACUGGGUUACUCACCAGAAGACAUUAUUGGCAACAUCUUUCGUGUCUGUAAAACCUUCCAAAUGCAAGAGUACUUGAAGCUGGAGUUCAUAAAGGAGAUUGGAUACACUCAUAUGCGAAUUGCUGAAGGGGUGAAUUCCUUAUUACAAAUGGCUGGGCUGCUUGCUCGACUUUGCCAAAAGACUGCGGCUCCACCAGCAAGUUGAUGCGUCAAUCUCCAGGGUGCUUUUAUUUUCGAAGAUAAGGUUUAAAUUUGUGUUUCACAUUUACAUUGUAUGUCAAUAGACUUUCAUUAGAUACCAUUAUUGGACACUUUUUCCUCUUUAUGAGAAUUCUAUGGAUUUGAAUUCUAUGUUUGAUUUUAUCACAUUUCUGAAGCUAAUUUUACAUUUGGAUAAUAAAAUAAUGUACAUUAAA